AUUAAAACACAGACUUGGUCUGGAUUCCUAUUUACUGAAACCAGUGCAACGUAUCACUAAAUACCAGUUACUGUUGAAGGAGCUAUUAAAAUAUAGCAAAGACUGUGUCGGAUCUGUAGAAUUAAAGGAGGCACUUGACACAAUGCUGGAUUUACUGAAGUCAGUUAAUGACUCAAUGCAUCAGACUGCAAUAAAUGGCUAUAUCGGAAACUUAAAUGAGCUGGGCAAGAUGAUAAUGCAGGGUGCAUUCAGUGUUUGGAUUGGACACAAGAAAGGUACUACAAAGAUGAAGGAUUUUGCUAGAUUCAAAUCAAUGCAGCGGCACCUUUUCCUGUAUGAAAAAGCCAUUGUAUUUUGUAAAAGGCGCGUUGAAAGUGGAGAAGGCGGUGAUCGAUACCCAUCAUACAGUUUUAAGCACUGUUUGAAAAUGGAUGAACUUGGAAUCACUGAAUAUGUGAAAGGAGAUAACCGCAAGUUUGAAAUCUGGUAUGCUGAAAAGGAAGAAGUUUAUAUUGUCCAGGCUUCGAAUAUAGAUACGAAGAUGAUGUGGUUAAAAGAAAUCAGAAAUAUUUUGUUGAAGCAACAGGAACUUUUGACAGUUAAGAAACGAGAGCAGUAUAAUCAGUUAACAGAACAGAGUCAUCGUUCUUCUCAGCAGAAUAGCGAAGGGCAACAGAGAGCUUUUAUGGGCGCUGAGGAACCUAGGUUGGAACAUAUCAGCGCUAUGGUGGGGGUCGGCGAGUCCAUCACAUCAGUUCAGGCAGAAGCAAAUACAGUUUGGACUGAGAUGUUGUCACCUGCAAAAGCCUCUGAUGAGCCUGAGCAAUGGUCCAGUAACUAUUUCUAUUCCUCUUAUGAUGACCAUGAAGAAGAAAGACCUCUGAUGGCCCUGGGAACCCCCAACCUUGAGAAGCACUGAAAAGAACUUUCAUUUCCUGAAGUAACAUUAUCUGAGGACAGGAGGGGUCAUUGUUCAGAUGGAAGCAACAAGUCAGGGGAAGCUGGGUGGGGUUUCAAUGUUUGCUGUGAAUGAUGCUCUAUGAAGGGAUGGUCAAGAACUGAGAAAGCUUUCACUAAGCAUUUUUCCAGCUAUCAUGUCAGAAAAGAAAGCAAAUAUGCAAAACUGAAGAAUGCUUUCAUCUUAGGGGACGGGAAUGGAGAAAAAAAAAAGUUCUUCUCCUUUCUCCCAUGAAUUCCCUGACUUGUGCUACUAAGGAAAAUAGAUACAAAGAUAAUACGUUGCAUUCCACACCCCCC